AAGGGGCGCCACUAGGGGGCCCUCCACAUGCAAAGGAAUAAUCGGAGGAGUGCACUUGAUGAAAGCUCGGUUGUUUCUGUCUUGAAAGCUGGCAAAGUCGUAUCUGUCUUCCGGCCCCUUCCUAAAAGGAAGGUUGACCUGCCUAAGCAGUAGCAAACUAUUUGCGUGAUCCAUCUGUUGCCGCAGAGGACGGACAAAGGUUUCCAUUCCCAAGGUUUCAUUCAAGUAAGUGCAGAUGUAUCCGAGGAUACAGAAUGGCACAAUCAUGAAUGGAUAACCAUAGAUACUUCAGAAAGUGCCAGAGAAUUAAUUGAAGUUCUUGGAUCUACUACAUCUGAAGUCCCUGUUUAUGUGCAGGUGAAUCAUGAAUCUCCUCACUUGCUGUGCAUGACACACCAGUUAAGAAGUCGAGAACUUAUAGAUCCAAAUGCAAUCUGGACUACACCACAUGAAAGUGACCUAGAAGGUGGCAGAGUUUUUACAAAAUCUAGUGGAACUCUAGUAAUUGCAAACUUCACCCAGAAUUUGAGUGGACUGUAUAGCUGCAACCUUCGCUAUAUCGACCCUACUAUAUACACUGAGAGGGAAAUUGUUCUCCGAUUUAUGGUUUAUGCUUAUCAAGAAUCUUUCUUGUCAUUUGAACUGUCAUUGCGAUACCAUAUGGGAACUUGCAUCGACACAUUUAAAAGAGCCUUUACAGAAGGCUUAAGUAAAAUUCUGAAUGAGUUGGUUUUAGAUCUGUCAUGUGAUGUAUCCAUUCUUCACUCAGAGUGUCAUAUAAUUGAGUUACCUCAAGGUGGCUUGCAACACCAGCUGUAUAUAAAGAUGAAAGUUUCUGAUUUAAGUCCGCUUUCUUCGGUUUCCUGCAGUGGGAUGAAUACUUGCUAUCGCAAUGAACGAGUUAUUGAGGCAAAAAAUAUGAUAAAUGAAUUCUUUUUUACACAAGAAGAGGCCAUAGAACAGUCAACUGAAGAACUACCAAUGUUCUACUACAUUGGAGGCACAUUAACAGUAGAAAGCGUUUAUCACUGUUUUCCUGGAUUUGGAGUAGAUCAGGAGAAACACCCACGCUGCCCAGAUUGUUGUGUUGUUUGUAGCCCAGGAACAUACAGUUCAAGCAGCGGGUCAUCUUGUGAACCAUGUGCAUCAUCAGUAGCAUAUGGAGAGCAAAACUGCUUAUAACCAUGAUAUUAAAUCAGAGAUUUGUCUUCCAAAGCAUUUGCCUUGUUCUGACAUUUAAUGCUUUCCAGCUAAUAACUUGGUGUAUUGCAUUCUUUGUGUGUGUUAAUUACAGUAAUAAUUAAACUCUGGUUAUACAAAAUUUACCUUUUUUCUGUAUUAUAAGGCCCAGUGUUAGUUAUGAAUUUAUACCUUAUUGUAAAUAAUACUUUACUGAAUGAUGUACAUUUUAUUUAUUGAAUGAUGUGCAUUUCAUGUAGCAUUAACAAUUCUGGAUUGUUCGUAUUUUAAAAGCGCAGUAUAUCUUGAAGCAUGCUCCAUACUAUACAGCAAACAAAGGCUCAUACUAAGCAUGCCUUCAGAUGAGUAUAACAUAUAGUUUAAUGCUAAUAAGACACAUAAGUAAACCUUGGUUUGUGAACUUGUUUAAUCACAUAUUUUAAACAGAGGUGUAGCUAGCUAUUCUGGUGCCUGGGGCCAUCCCUGAUCUGGUGCUCUUCCAACAAUGUGAAGAGUAAGAAAAAAGGUCUCCUCUCUUUUACUGUAACAAGGAGCUGCUGCUGUUUCUGCCACAGAGCCUGCCAUACUUGAUGGACUAAAGGGCUUCAGUUCUAAAUCCAAGUAUCAGCAAGUACCAGCAUUCAAACCCAGGAAGUACAUUAAAGAAUGAUCAGUUUCUGCCAAUUACAUUUCUCCAACACUUUACGCUCUGGUAGCUGCCCCCUUUUGCCCCAUGCUGCAUAUCCACAAAACAAACAGCACCAGAGUUACCCAUUCUAAAAACUUAAACCUUGCAGUGAUAU